GGUUAGAGUGGGCUUUGCUUCAACCACAGAGAAAUAACAAAAACAUUCUGUGCUGCAGCUUCAUAGCACUCAGCUGCCUCUUCCAGUAAUUACUUUCAAUGAACUGUUUCUGAAUUAAGCAAUAAAGAUGGAUGAUUAGGGAAGACUGUCAUGAGUUACGCAAUAUUCUUACUCUGCUCAGUACAAAAGAUAAGAAUUUGAGUGGGGAAGAACAAUUUUUUAUUAUAAAAGAUACGAAAUGGGAAUGGUAUGUACAGCUCUUCAUUCAAAGGGAAACCUGUAAAAAGUAUUUUGGAAGAGAAAAGAAAGAACUUGUGUGCCUGGGAGUUGUAAAAAACAUGAACAAGUUUAUCUGUUUAACAUCAGUAGAAGAAUUAAGAUCAUAUAAUGAUUAUAGCAUGGAAAAAUAUACUUGUGUUUAACUUACGGAAGCUGAUGUAGUAGUAUGAAAUAUUUUGCUUAAACUAGGUACAUUUUUAAUUGAUUUAAUUAUGAUUUUAAUAUGUACAUAACUUCUACAGCUGUAUUUUUGCACAUAAUAUGUCUCCAUGGCCAUUUUGUAUAUAAUGACAGCAAUGCACUUUAGGCCUGUUUUUCCAAGUAUUGAACAUUCCCACUGAGUGAAAAGAUUUGGUCCCAUUUUACUCACUUUAUGUCCUGCCUCAGCUGUUGUUAUCCUUUUUGUUUAAUACUGCUGUUCCAAAGUGAUGAUAGGGGAUUCAUUUGUUCUUCACAGUGGCAGUACGUCCAACUCAAGCUUGCUUAAGUAACAGGAGGAAAUCAAAGGAUUUUUCUCAUGUGAACAAUUGUGCUCAUCUUAAUUUAUAACAUUUCAAAGCCUCCCAAAUACAUGUGUGCUGAACACAAAGGAAGCCCUAAAACAGUACCAGAAAUCUGCUCAGAGUGAUUACCAGACUAAGAAUGAAGCCAGCCUCAUAGCAAUGGGUGGCAUUGCAACAGCUGCACAGAAAUACAAAGCCAGAUCUCAGACUAAAAAGUCAGUUUAUCUGGACCUCUUGAUCCAGAUGUAAUCACCUGCCUUUGUAGACUGCCUUUGCAGUGAGCUAUGUUUGUACAGAAGGCUUGGAGAAACAGCUAAAUGUUAAUUUAAGACUCACUUUCAUCAAAAUAAAAUCAAAGGCAGGUGCAAGAUUUCACAAUGUGCUGUGAUAGUGCUGACCUAUUCUACUAUAUGGCUAAAGAAAGCAAAUGGCUGUAUUUUAGAGCAUUUUUUGUCUCCAUGUUUGUUCUCUCUCCAUUUAACAUCAGAAUUCAGACCUGUGCUCUACUGGCAUUGAUAUUAUUGCACAAUUGAUCAUAUGGAGAAAAAUUGUGUCUUAUCCAGCUAUCUAACAUGUUUCCAUGUGAGUAUUUGUAUUCUCAUUGUACUUACAGUCUCUAAAAGACCCCGUUUAAUUACCACCAUACAUGUAUUAAAAUACAUAUAGUUAUAUUAAUACUAAUACACAUAUUUUUAUAUAUACAUGUAUUUUAGUGAUAUAUUCAAAGGACUAUUGCCCUUUGAAUUUAAAUGGAUGAGGGAAACGUGAAGAGAAAGAGAAUAAGUUCCCGGAAUAGGUAGAGAGAGUUCAGAUGAAUUUUGGGAGUGUAAAUCCUGUCAAGGAGAGAGGCUGACAGUAGUUUUUGGCAGGUCCCUGGCCCAUCAUUGACAAUGCUGUGUUUCAACAUGUUUUCCCACUGCUAAAAUAUUAAGAAACUAGGAUAUUUCUCUAACAUAUUCUUUUAAAUUCUCAGUACAAUAACCACAGAAUUUUUGAGGAAGAGGGAUCUAAGAUACACGUACAACCUAAGAUAUACAUAACAUUCUAAUAUCCAGCUGAAAUAAAAAGAAAGUGGCAAAAAAAAGACAAUGAAGUCAUAAAGCAGAAAAUGAAAGUGGUAAGUGUCAAAAGCAUACACAAGGGGGAAGACCUUAAAAACCAAAAAAUGAUGAAAGAAAACUUCUCCUACAGAAUAAUUAAAUUUCAUAAUUUUGAAGAAACAGAGACGUCUAUUAAUAACCUUCAAAGCAAUCCAGCCCCUCUCUCAGGAUUCAUACACAGGAAAGGAGAAGCAUAGCAGCUUAUCUUUACCAUGAAUACUUUUGGCUUGGUACAAAUUGGCCUUAUUCUGUUGUGCACCACCACCAUGUCAGGUCUUAACUGUAAUCACCUUCCUUUACAGCAAAGAAAAGUGAUUGAGGACAGCCUGCAACUUUUGGACAAAAUGGGCAAAAAGUUUCCGCAUCAUUGUCUAAGAGAGAAAAUGUCCUUCAGAUUUCCUGAGCAAGUUUUAAAGCCCAAACAGAAAGAAACUGUCAAAAUGGCCAUUGAAGAGAUCCUCCAACACAUCUUCUACAUCUUUAGCAAAAAUCUAACUCUAGCUGCCUGGGAUGGGGCAGCUCUAGAACAAUUCCAAAAUGGACUUUAUUAUCAAAUUGAGCAAUUGGAGGCAUGUGUAACUAAGAAGCAAACCCAGUAUUUUUGGAUUAAAGAAAUCAACAGGCUGAAACUGAAAAAGUAUUUCCAAAAGAUAGACUGUUUUCUUAAAGACAAGCAACACAACCUGUGCUCCUGGGAGAUCAGCCGUGCAGAAAUAAGGAGAUGUCUUCAAUUGAUUGAUAAAGCCGUGAGGAAGCUUUACAACUAAGGGUAUACAUGCCCUCCUCUCUGCCAGCAUGGAUGAGAGCUAAAGGAAGUGCUGAGAGCAACGGAUGCCAUGUCUGAAGCUGAAAUACCAGAACUACAACCUUAUAACAACUUCACCAUGAUCCAGAAUAACUGGAAAGACUAAAGGGAGAAAGCAAAGCAUCAGAGCCAUUUUUUUCCCUGGUGAGAUCCCACCAGACAUGUUAUAGCCUAAAGUGUAUUUCUUGUGCUUUGUAGCUAACAGUACUUGGAAUGACUGUCAGACUGUUAGAAAUCUGAUUUCUACUGCUUGUUUGUUGGUUUUGGUUUUGUUUUGGGGUGGGGUUUUUGUUUGUUUUUGUUUUGUUUUGUUUGUUUACUUGUUUGUUUUUGCACUUCUGUGAGCCCGUACUAUAAAAAGACAUUCAGCCUAUUUAACUUUCUGGCUCUGAUCACCUAGGUGACUUCUGAAAUACAGUAAACCCAAAUUGAAACAGCCCCAUUUUUACUGAAAUUUGGCAUGAAAUGUUUUCAACUGCCCUCUCACGAAGGAUCCCAGGGUUUUCUGCCUCACUUGCUGGAAGUGGGAAGAUGUUAAAUCAUGGACCACUGAUUGUUCAGAAAACUCACCCCCCAAAAUUUCCUUUAUGGUUCAUAACCAUCCUUAACAAUCUCAUUAUCAAGUGAAAAUAUGUUUUGAAACAUGUCAGUCAACAGGGCACUUUACGGUGCAGGAAACAACAGAAUGGGCACUAGAGGGCAAAGUGGGAUUAUAGACAAGUGUAAGAAUUUCAGGUGAAUAUUUUGAAUGAAUAAAUGAAUAAAAAUAAAUAUUUUAGCAAGAA